CUGGUGGGGGCCAGCUGGAGUCGGGUGGUGGUUCUCUUGGCCUUGUACAGAACUUGGUUUAGGUUGACUCCCUGUGGAUUCAGGUUGAUAACCGAAGUCGCUGAAAAGAAAAUCUCAAGUGGACAGUAUCUACAGCACCAUAAUGUCAGCACGGCUGAAACGAAUAUACGACCACCAAUACCACCACAAAGAGAGCCAAUAUCUGGUUAAAGAAUACAGCAGCUCCAAGGCCAUUGAAGAAAGAUAUGAACACAAAACAAAAGCUCGCAUCCAGGAAGUGGUAAAAACGAAGUUGGGGGAAAAAUAUGUGCGCGAGGAGCCUAUGAUCAGGGGACCACAGUUCCUCGUCAGACUCAGAUCCCACACUGUGUUUGAAAACACUCCCAUCAAACUCUUCUGUACUGUUGAAGGCUUCCCCAUGCCAGUUGUGAAAUGGUAUAAAGAUGGUGUUAUCCUGAACGUGUCCUCAGGAAGGUACCUGGUUGAAGCCAACGGUGGCAGCCACUCUCUGGUGAUCCCAAGAUGUACAACUGAAGAUACAGCCCAGUUCACUGCUGUAGCCGGUAACAUCCAUGGACAGGCUUCUAGCCAAGCAUCCGUCAUUGUCAAACGAUAUAAGGAAGAGGAUGAAUCCAGCCCAUAUGCAUGGUUACCUUUUACUGCCGCUAUGCUUCCCAAGAUCCAUUACACAAAAAUCAACAUAACCUUUGUGGAGAAGUUUGGCCCAGUGUUUGCGACUGAGGGAGAAUCAGCCACUCUGUCCGCCACCAUGACCCUGGACCCCAACCUGGCCAACCUACAGCCCGAGGCACAGUGGUACAGAGAUGACACUCGUCUGUUUGACUCCAAAUGGGUGAAGAUUGAAACAGGCAGAGGGUACACCACCUUAACUCUUCCAAACCUCUUCAAAGACGAUGAAGGCCUUUACACACUUCGGAUGGUCACUAAGGGAGGCACCGCAGAGCAUAGUGCCUUUGUCUCAGUCGCUGAUGGUCCUCCCCCUGUUCCCAGUGCACCUGGGGCUCCAAUGGACAUCAAAAUCCACGAUGCCAACAGAGAUUAUGUCAUUGUUUCCUGGAAGCCUCCAAAUACCACUACAGAGGGUCCAAUCAUUGGAUACUUUGUGGACAAAUGUGAGGUUGGAACUGAAAACUGGACCCAGUGCAACGAUCACCCCAUCAAGAUCUGUAAAUACCCAGUGUCUGGUCUGUUUGAGGGGCACUCCUACUACUUCAGAGUCCGAGCCGUCAACUCCCGCGGAAUCAGUAAACCUUCCCGCAUGUCUGAUCCUAUCGCUGCUCUGGACCCCACUGAGUUUGAAAGGCUCCAUGCCAAAAAGCUUGGAGGAAAACUGGAUGUUGUGUCUUACCAUGAUGAAGAGGAAGCUGAGGGAAAGCCCGCAGGUGCUCCAUCUGGAGUUUAUGCUUCCGAGACGGACAGGACAUAUGUAGUUUUGAGCUGGAAAGCCCCAGCAUAUUUUGGCAAGGCCCCCAUGUGGUACUACAUUGAAAAGGCCAUGGCCAACACCGAAGCAUGGCAGCGUGUUAAUACUAAGGUUCCUAUCCGAUCUCCACGUUAUGCAGUCUUUGACCUGGCUGAGGGCAAACAAUAUAAGUUCAGAGUGUUGUCCGCCAACAUGUAUGGAACCAGCGAGCCAUCUGAGCCAACCGGUCUUAUUGAAACUCUGGAACUUAAAGGUGUCCCAUCAGCUCCUGGUCAGGUGAUUGCAACAAGGGAAACGGAUACCUCUGUCCUCAUCCAGUGGGCUCCUCCGAAGGAACCCAACAAUCUGAUUGGCUAUUACAUUGAUCAGUGUGUGAAGGGGUCCAAAGACUGGACUUCAGCCAAUCACAAACCUCACAAAAACACCAAAUUUGUGGUUAGUGGCCUGAAAACAGGAGAAACGUAUGUAUUCCGUGUCCAGGCAAUCAAUGAGCUGGGUCUCAGUGAUGAAUCCCAGGAAUCUGCACCCCUGACUGUCAGAGCUGCACUUACAACCCCGUCUGCCCCUUAUGACAUUGCACUGCUUAACUGUGAUGGCCGUUCAAUGGUUCUGAACUGGAAGAAGCCUCUGCAGUCUGGAGGUGCAGAGAUCAAGGAGUAUUAUGUGGAUAAAAGACGCAGUGGAACCAGCAUGUGGAGGGAGAUUCAUAUUCCACCAGUCACAGAGAGACUUUAUAAGGUGGAGGGCUUGACAGAGGGAGCAGUCUAUCAGUUCCAUGUCUAUGCAGCCAACCUGGCUGGUCUUGGACCAGCUUCCAAACAUUCAGAUGACUUCAAGUGCGAGGCCUGGACUAUGCCAGAGCCCGGCCCUGCUUAUGACCUGACGUUCUGUGAAGUGAGAGAUAAUUCAUUGGUAGUUGAGUGGCAAAAGCCUGUCUAUGCUGGUUCUGAACCAAUCACAGGCUACCAUGUUGAAUAUGCAAAGAAGGGAACCUCUGAUUGGAAAACAGCCAAUGAGAAAACUGUCAGUCACCGCUUCCUAAAGGUAACAGGUCUAGAAGUUGGUACCUGCUAUUUGUUCAGGGUCCGCGCAGUCAGUGCUGCAGGAGUGGGUAUGGCCUCAAUGCCCUCUGAUCCUGUGACUGCCAAGGCUGUAGAAGGUUCUCAGGAAGUCUCAUGCACUGUGGAUGAGAAAUCAGGUGACAUUGUUCUGUCGUUCGAGUCCUGCCAAAUGAACGAGGGCUCUCAGUUCAUCUGGAAAAAGAACUAUAAAGAAAUCACAGAUUUCUCCAAAGGAGUGGAGAUUAAAACCGAAGGCAGCCAAUCUAAGCUGAUCUUUAAGAACGCAGAUAAGGAAGACGCUGGAACAUACUCUGUUUCUGUUGCCAGAACAAAUGGAGUUUCAUCCAGUUACACAAUCUCAACUGAAGAGUUGGAAAAGAUGCUGGCGCUCAGUUAUGAUAUCAGACACCCAAUUAUCCCACUGAAAUCUGAGUUGGCCUAUAAGAUUUUGGAAAGAGGCAGAAUGAGAUUUUGGCUGCAGGCUGAAGAGAUUUCCUCCAAAGUCACCUACAAAUUCUUUGCAAAUAACAAGGAACUAUCGGGAGCUGAUCCCAAUAAGAUGGGGCACGACGUCUCUACAGGUAUCAUCGAGUUCAUCAUGGAUCAUUUCACAGAGGAGAAUGAGGGGACAUUUACGUGCCAGAUUACAGAUGGUGGGGGCAAAGCACAGAGCUCACUGGUUCUGAUUGGAGAUGCUUUCAAGGCUGCUUUGGCAGAGGCUGACUUUCAGAGAAGAGAGUACAUUAGAGUGAAAGAGGGCCCCCACUUCAGUGAGUUCCUUUCGCUUCACGUUGGAGAUGAUUGCUCUAUAACUUUGGUCUGCAAGGUUGCUAAUUUAAAGAAGGAAUCUGAGUUCCACUGGUAUAAGGAUGACACAGAGAUUAUCCCUGAUGUGAAGCCUGAUCUGAACUCAGGGGUGUGCAAACUGCCAAUUAAGGAGUUCUCACUGAAAACAACAGGAGUGUACAAGGCCACCAUCAGUGACGACAGAGGAAAAGAUAUGAGCCAAAUUGACAUAUCUGGAAAAACCUUUGACGAAACCAUAAACAAGCUGAGCCAACUGGCUGGAGCCAGCGCUGCAGAACUGGUUAUUAAGUGCACUGCAACAGGCAUUCAGCUCCAGUGCCACAUGAAGUAUUAUACCUCUGAGAUGAACAUCAGCUGGUAUCACAGUGAACACAAACUUACACACAGCGACAAGACUGUGAUUGGAGGAACACCCGCCAUGGCAACAAUGGAGGUAAUUGAGCCCAUGGAGAAGGAUAAAGGAGCCUACUCCAUCGUAAUCACCAACUCAGAAAGCUCCCAUAAACGAACCCUGGAUCUCAGUGGCGAUGUGUAUGAGAAGGCAUAUGCUGAGUUCCAGAAGCUCAAGGCUGAGGCAUAUGCUGAAAAGAACCGUGGAAAAGUUGUGGGAGGUCUGCCUGAUGUUGUCACCAUAAUGGAAAAGAAAACCCUAAGUUUAACAUGUACAGUCUGCGGAGACCCCAAACCUCAGGUGUCAUGGCUGAAGAACGGUGCAGAAGUUGAACCUGAUGACCAGUAUGUGGUUUCUAUAGACCAGGGUAAGUUUGCUAGUCUGACAAUCAAAGGUGUUUCCAUGGAGAAUUCUGGGAGAUAUACGAUGAUUGUCCAGAACAAAUAUGGAGGGGAAUCUGUGGAUAUAGUGGUCAGUGUGUACCGCCACGGUGAGAAAAUCCCUGAAGCAAAACCAGCUCUGACCCCUAAAACGAUCAUCCCUCCUAAACUCCCCAUCGAGAUCCCUCAGCCCAAGACCCAGCCUGCCCCCUCUGGAUCUAGUCCUGCCCCCCCUGCUUCAAGUCCCGCUGCUCCAAAGGCAGCCCCGGGGAGAGGGAUAAAGAGUCCCACUCCUUCUCGGAGAAAGUAAAAAGCAUGAUAGCCACAAAUGAGAAGGGAGCAUAUUCACGCACCACUGCACAUAUAGACCACACAUAGAAGCUUUCAAUGGUCAUCUCUAUCUGGUAUGAAAUGGAGCUGAAUCAUUUGCAAUUAAAUUAAGAGUCCAGAAAACCUUGAUAAGUAAAAUAAGUCUUUUGAUUGUAAGACGAUGCAACCUAUUCAGUCUCUUUUAAGGUAUAUUUUAUCAAAACAACAAAAAUGUGUAUAAGUGAACAGAGUGGGAUAAGUAAAUUGUUCAUAUCUGGAAAAGUCAGAUUUAGAAAUUGAAAGUAACUGAAAUGAAAUAAAGCUGGAAGUUCAA